AGAGAGAGUGUGUGUGUGUGUGUGUGUGGCGCCCGGAGGUCGCUGUCCUCUGAGGGGCGGGGAACUUAGGGUUCCAGUCUUGCGCGACAUGGGGCACUGUCUGAUUCUGCUGCUGUACGGGCUCGCGCAGAUUUGGGAAAGCUCUGAGGGGUCACCAAGGAAUUUCCCCUUCCGCUGCCUCCAAAUCUCCUCCUUUGCCAACACCACUUGGACACGCACGGACGGCCUGGCAUGGCUGUGGGAGCUGCAGACGCACGCUUGGAGGAAUGGCUCGGAUUCUAUCCACUUUCUGAAGCCCUGGUCCCGGGGCAACUUCAGCCCCCAGCAGUGGGAGGACUUGCAGCACAUACUUGGGGUUUACCGAAGCAGCUUCACCAGGGACAUACAGGAAUUCGCCAUCAUGCUGAGCAAAGUCUACCCCUUUGAGCUCCAGCUGUCUGCUGGCUGCGAGGCAUACCCUGGAAAUGCCUCGGAAAGCUUUUUACAUGUAGCAUUUCAAGGAACACAUGUCGUGAGUUUCCAGGGAACUUACUGGGAACCAGCUCCAGAUGCCCCUCUUUGGUUAAAUCGGGCCAUCGAAGAGCUGAACAAAGACCAAGGAACGAGGGAAAUGGUGCAGUCGCUCCUCAGUGACACCUGUCCUCAGCUUGCCAGUGGCCUCCUUGAGGCAGGGAAGUCAGAACUGGAGCAACAAGUGAAGCCCAAGGCCUGGCUGUCCCAGGGACCCAGCCCUGGAUCUGACCGUCUGCAGCUGGAGUGCCACGUCUCUGGCUUCUACCCGAAGCCCGUAUGGGUGAUGUGGAUGCGGGGUGAGCAGGAUCAGCCUGAAACUCAGAGAGGGGACGUCCUGCCCAAUGCUGAUGACACAUGGUAUCUCCGAGUGACCCUGGAUGUGGCGGCUGGGGAGGCCGCUGGGCUGUCUUGCCGAGUGAAGCACAGCAGUCUGGGAGGGCAGGACAUCGUCCUCCACUGGGAUGGGAGCCGCUCCUCCAGCACCAUCUGGAUAGUACUGGGGUGCCUUCUAAUCGUGGUAUUCAUUGUAGGCUUAAUCAUCUGGAAGAAGAGGCACUGCUCCUAUCAAGACAUCUUGUGAGUAGCUAAGAUUUGGAAUCAGCCUAGGUGCCUGUGGGCUGAUGAAUGGAUGAAGAAAAUAUAUAUACACCAUGGAGUAUUAUUCAGCCGUAAGAAUGAAUGAAAUCAUGUCCUUUGCCAAAACAUGGACUGAACAACAGGAGAUCUUGUUAAGUGAAAUAAGGCAGACACAGAAAGACAAGUAUUACAGAAUGCCCAUUGCGGACCUUGUCAUUGUCUGGGAUGUUUGUAUUUGUAAUCCCAGGGAAAGUUAUUGGAAUUCCAAUAAAUUAAUUACAGUUAAUUUCUACCA